AUGGCACCACCAGUUUAUGGAGAUCUCGGCAAACAGGCCAGAGAUCUGUUCGCCAAAAACUAUCGUAAGCACAGCUCUGUCUUUCGCGUCCGAUUCAGACCUCACCGUAGAUCACAAGACACAGACAUUACCACCGCAUCCACCGAUCCCUACCAUUCAUACACACCAUUCAUAUGUAAUGUUUGUCUGACUCUUAUAGACUUUGGACUCAUAAAGUUGGACGUGAAGACAAAAACGCCGGCGGGAGUGGAGUUCACAGUCAACGGCACCUCCAAUAACGACACGGGAAGAGUGAACGCCUCUCUCGAGACGAAGUACUACUUCCGUGACUGGGGUUUCACACUGAAGGAGAAGUGGAACACCGAUAACACGUUGGCCACCGAAUUGUCGGUCGAGGAUCAGCUGAUCAAAGGCUCAAAGCUAGCGUUCAGCGCCAACUUCGCGCCCCAAAGCGGCAAAAAGGCCGGUACUCUGAAGUCGUCGCUGAAGGCCGACCACUUCAACGCCAACGCAGACAUCGACUUCGACUACGGCGGCGCUCUCUUCCACGGAUCAGCUGUUUUAGGACAUCAGGGAUGGCUGGCCGGAGCGCAGCUGUCAUUCGACCCCCAACAGAGCAAACUGACCAAAACAAACUUCGCGGUCGGCUAUCAGGCCGGGGAAUUCGUUCUCCACACCAAUGUGAACGACGGACAAGAAUUCACGGGUUCGGUGUACCAGAAAGUGAACAGUCAGUUGGAGUCGGGCAUAAACCUCGCCUGGACUUCAGGCAAUAACACCACUCGUUUCGGUUUGGGAUGUAUUUAUAAAUUAGAUUCCGAUUCCAACAUCAAAGCUAAAGUAAACAACGCGAGUCAGAUCGGACUGGCCUUCACUCAUAGACUACGGCCGGGCAUAGCGUUGACACUGAGCGCUAUGAUUGACGGCAAGAACUUCAAUCAGGGCGGACACAAACUCGGAAUGGGCUUUGAUUUGGAGGCUUAG